AUGAGCUCUUACUUUGUAAACUCGUUCUCAGGGCGCUAUCCAAAUGGCUCCGACUAUCAGUUACUAAAUUAUGGGACUAACGGCGCUGUGAGCGGCUCCUUCAGAGACCCUGGCACCAUGCACUCCGGGUCUUUCGGCUACAACUACAAUGGCAUGGACCUUACGGUGAACCGCACCAACAACGGCGGCCACUUCGGGGCCGUGAGGGAGGACGCCCGCGGAUUCGCGCCGGACGCCCGGUACAGACAGACGGCCGACUGCUCGCUCGCGUCUCCAGACCCGGCGCCGCCGUCGUGCGCCACGGCCAGCCACGAGCCGCUGGAACUAAAGAGAUCCUCUCCUCCCUCUGACCGGAGCUCGACCUCGAGCGGCAACAAUCUCAACAAAAACAACAACAAUAACAACAACAACAACGGCAGUGUCGGUGGCAGCGGCAACGGCGCGCUAUUCACGGAGAUAGAGGACGCCACCGGCGCCUCCGAGACCGAGGAAGGCGCACACCGCAGCGGCGGCUCCAGCUCGGCACCACGGGCGCAGCAGCAGCACCACCAGGAUCCCAACGCCACCUCCUCCACUCCCUCAUCAAAUGAUUGCCAAUCGCCACAAAUAUUCCCCUGGAUGCGGAAACUGCACAUAAGCCAUGAUAUGACUGGACCGGAUGGGAAAAGGGCCCGAACUGCGUACACCCGGUACCAGACGCUAGAGCUGGAGAAAGAGUUUCACUUCAAUCGGUACCUCACCAGGCGGCGGAGGAUAGAGAUAGCGCACGCUCUGUGCCUCUCCGAAAGACAGAUCAAAAUAUGGUUUCAGAACCGCAGGAUGAAGUGGAAGAAGGACAAUAAGCUGAAAAGCAUGAGUCUGGUGACGGGAGGCAGCGCCUUCCACAACUGA